AAGCGUCUUGUAAACAACUAGUGACGUCAAUGUAAUGCGCUACCAAGCUUUGAAUAGGUUUGGGAGGAAAAGCCGCGUUUCGUGCAUUUCGGGUCGUGAAAUUGAUUAUAUCCUAAGUUAGUUUUAAAGUAUGUAUAUGUAUCUUUGUAAAAACUGACAUUUUACUCCUCCACUUCCAUUGGUUGUCAUUGUCAAGCCAGAAAGCGACAAAGGAAGCAUAUCUAACAAAUUAUAAUAGCCUCAAUAUAAUGACGAACGCUUGACAGCUUGCUGCUUUGCCAACGUUAGCUAGCGAGACAAUUAGCUAUUCGUUUCAUUUGACAGUUUUGGAAUAGAAAAAAAUGACAACUCUAACAAGGCAAGACCUCAAUUUUGGACAAGUGGUUGCGGACAUCCUGUGUGAGUUCCUGGAGGUCGCUAUUCAUCUCAUCCUGUAUGUCCGUGAAGUUUAUCCCUCGGGAAUAUUUCAGAAGAGAAAGAAAUACAAUGUACCUGUGCAGAUGUCUUGUCAUCCAGAGCUGAAUCAAUAUAUCCAAGAUACACUUCAUUGUGUAAAGCCACUCAUUGAGAAGAAUGAUGCAGAGAAGGUGGUGGUGGUCAUCAUGGACAAAGAGCAUCAUCCAGUAGAGAGAUUUGUGUUUGAGAUGUCCCAACCUCCUCUGCUGUCCAUCAGCUCAGACACAUUACUGUCACAUGUGGAGCAGCUGCUGAGGGCAUUCAUACUGAAGAUCAGUGUGUGUGAUGCUGUUUUAAAUAAUAACCCACCAGGGUGUUCAUUUACAGUACUGGUACAUACCAGAGAUGCUGCGACACGCAACAUGGAGAAGGUUCAAGUCAUCAAGGAUUUUCCUUGGAUAGUUGCUGAUGAGCAGGAGGUCCACAUGCAGGAGCCUAGACUCAUCCCACUGAAGACCAUGACAUCUGAUAUAGUAAAAAUGCAGCUCUAUGUGGAAGAGAGGGCCCAGAAAACGUAGUCCUGUGACGAUGUUGAGUCAUGAGCAAAGUAUAUAACACAGCCCAUCAGAGCUGGAACAGUCAAAAAGAAACGAAAGAAAGAAAUGUAGAGUGUGUUCAGGAUGUGUGAACAUUCUGCAGCUAGCGUUGGUGUGUAUGGUGUCUACACUCAGUACGUUUACAUGCACACCAAUAUUCCACUAUAAUUCAGAAUAUGACAAUAUUCCGAAUUUGAUACAUGUCAUGUAUACAGCAUAUUGCGGUUGGAUAUUCCGAAUAAGGCCUUUUUCCAAAUAUAGCAUUUUCCGAUUAAGACGUGGGUUAUUCCGGUAUUAU